AUGAGGUGGAGAUGUGUUGGGUUGUGUUUCCUUGCGCUGGCUCUUGUUACUGUUGAUGAUGUACAGGGCAGACUGGUUCGCAACCAUGUCAGCAGCAUCUGCAGCACGUGGGGCCGCGAGCACUUCAAGACGUUCGACGGGGACGUGUAUCAGUUUCCUGCCAUGUGUGAAUACAAUCUGGUCUCUGACUGCCACGAGUCCUACCAGGAGUUCUCAGUGCACAUGAGGAGGAGGGAGAAUGAUGGAGACCCCACCGUCAGCGACGUGGUGGUCACCCUCAGCGACCUGUCAUUCCACCUCAGCAAGACGAUGGUCACUGUGAACAACGAGCCUAUCAAGCUGCCGUACCACAACGCAGGGGUCCAAGUGGAAAAAAAUGCUGUUUACCUCAAACUCCAUUCCAAAGUGGGCAUCACGGUCAUGUGGAACACUGACGAUGCAAUCAUGGUGGAGCUGGAUCAGGACUACGCUAAUCGAACUUGUGGACUUUGUGGAGACUUCAAUGGUGUUGCAGUCUACGAUGAGUUCAUUCACAAUGGUCGCCAAAUCAGCCCAAUUGAGUUUGGCAACAAACACAAAGUCCAUAAUCCAAACGUAGAUUGUGAGGACCCGUAUGAAGAGGAUUAUGAUUCACUGGACGCUGUGAAUGUGGACGAGUCAUGCGCAACAUUUCAAACCACCUGUAACCAGAUGUUGCAUUCAGAGUCCUGGAGCUCCUGCGUCCAACUGAUCGACCCUGAACCUUACAUCCAGGCCUGCGUGCAGGACAUGUGCGGCUGUGCCAACCUAACAAACGACUUCUGUGUCUGCAGCACAAUGUCUGAGUUCUCUCGACAGUGUUCCCAUGCAGGAGGGCAGCCUCCCAGCUGGAGGACCCCUCAGUUCUGUGCUCAACAGUGCCCCUUCAACAUGGUGUAUGAGGAGAGCGGUUCACCUUGUUUGGACACUUGCUCACAUCAGGACACGAGUUCACUGUGUGAGGACCACAAAAUGGACGGUUGCUUCUGUCCUCCUGGAACUGUGUUUGAUGAUAUUUCCAUGAGAGGGUGCAUCGUGCAAUCUGCAUGUCAAUGCAAACACGACAAGGUCUUUAACUCCGGUGAGGUUUACCGACAGGACCGAUCAGAGUGUACAUGUUUGGAGGGUAGAUGGGUCUGUAAGAGCCUCCAAACACCUGCUACAUGUGCAGUCGAGGAGGGCUCACAUGUCUCCACCUUUGAUGGGAAAACCUUCACCUUCCAUGGAGAUUGCUAUUACAUCUUAGCCAAGGUGGACAGCAAGGACGACACAAGUCCAAAGUUCACCAUCCUGAUCCAGCUGGCGCCCUGUGCAAACCAAGAGUUUGAUACUUGUCUGAAAACCCUGAAAAUCCUGCUGAACAAUGACAGAAACAAUGUAUUAACGUUCACUUCAGAUGGAAAAGUGAAGCAGAAUACACAGACCAUCAGCUUGCCAUACCAGGCUCUAGGUGACAUCAACAUCUUCCAGGCUUCCUCCUUUCACAUUUUGCUCCAGACCAGUUUUGGGUUGCAGAUUCAGAUCCAGCAUGUGCCCAUCAUGCAAGUCUAUGUCAGUCUGGAUCCGAGAUACAGAGCAAAUACAAGAGGUUUAUGCGGCAACUACAACAUGGUCCUGUCUGACGAUAUGAAGACACCUCAGGGGAUCGUGGAAGGAACAGCCAUCACUUUCAGUAACUCCUGGAAGGCCAACCUCAUGUGUCGAGACAGAGAUGAAAGACUGGACGACCCCUGCUCCCUCAGUGUAGAGAAUGAGCUGUACGCCAAACACUGGUGCGCCUUGCUGCUGAAACCAAACAGCACCUUUGCAAAGUGUCGCUCGGCGGUGGAUCCUGAGAUGUACUACAAGCGAUGCACCUAUGCGAGCUGUAACUGUGAGAAGAGUGAGGCCUGCUUGUGCGCGGUAUUCUCCUCUUAUGCGCGGGCUUGUGCAGCGAAGGGAGUGUUCUUAGAAAACUGGAGAGAGAGCGUGUGCGACAAAUACUCAAGUAGCUGCCCGGCAUCUCAGACCUUCUCUAACAAACAUCAGAGAUGCCAGUUGACCUGCAGAUCGCUGGGCUCAAAUCAGCAGAGCUGCUCCUCCGACUUCCUGCCUGUGGACGGCUGCUCCUGCGCUGAGGGUCUCUACCUGAAUGAAAAAGGCGCCUGCGUACCUAUGGCAAAGUGUCCAUGCUACUACAACGAAGCAUACAUCAAGCCAGGGAAGUCCAUGAGCAUCAAGGACGAACACUGUGUUUGCACCAAUGGGAUGCUUCACUGUCAUUCUUGGAGAGCCCGCUUAUCAAAAUGCCCUGCUCCAAAAGAGUUUUUCAACUGCUCCUCUCCGGGCAAAGGAGAGCUUGGAGUCCAGUGUGCUCGAACCUGUUUGAAUCUGGACAACAACGAUUGUGACUUCACAGAGUGUGAAUCAGGUUGCCAGUGUCCCAAUGGCCUUGUUGAGGAUGGCAAAGGUUCCUGUGUGAAAGAGAAUGAAUGUCCAUGUCAGCAUGACGGGCAUCUGUACGACCAAGGGGCAAAAAUUCCUAACAAGUGUAACUACUGUACCUGCAAGAGUGGAAAGUGGGAAUGCACAGACAAAAAAUGUCCAGGAACUUGUAUCAUCUACGGGAGUGGUCACUACUCUACAUUUGAUGAGCAAGCAUAUGCCUUUCAAGGAGAUUGUGCCUACAUUGCUGUCAAGUGUGGAUCUACAGGCACCACCUGCUCCAAAACUAUCAGGAUCCAACUUGGGGUAAGAUCCCAAACAACACCUGUUUUGUUACCUGGCCUUGACAUUUCAAGACCUUUUGAUAAAUCAAAUUGCAGUUUUUUUGGGUGACAGUCAAAGCAACAGAAAUCUUUUUAACUUUUUCAGCGAACGGAAAUCAAACUAGCAAAGGGUAUAUACGAAGUGAUGGACCUGGGACACGGCCCUGAUAUUCCGAUAAAAAUAAGAAAGGUUGGCUUGUACUUGGUGGUAGAAUCUUCCAUUGGUGUGGCAGUGAUGUGGGAUCGCAAAACAACUGUUCGUGUCCUCCUGGAACCCCAGCACAGCGGAAAGGUAUGCGGCCUGUGCGGAGAUUUCGACGGUGAUGUCCAGAAUGACUUCACCACCCAGGGUCAGCUGGAGGUGAGCACUCCCACAGAAUUUGCAAACAGCUGGAAAGUGCACAGCAGCUGCCCAGAUGCGGAAACAAGCAUCGACCCUUGCAAAGCGACACCCAAUCGACAUCACUGGGCAAAAUCGAUGUGCAGCAUUAUAACCGGGCCAACGUUCAAAGGCUGCCACAAUAAGGUAAACCCCCUUCCAUUUUAUGAAAACUGCGUGAAAGACUCAUGUGCCUGUGACACUGGAGGAGACUGUGAGUGUUUCUGCACAGCAGUCGCAGCUUAUGCUCAAGCUUGUAAUGAAGCUGAUGUCUGUGUUGCAUGGAGAACUCCAGACAUCUGUCCUGCCUUUUGUGACUAUUACAACAACCCAGAUGACUGCAAGUGGCAUUACAACCCUUGUCACACACCUUGUUACAAGACCUGUCUAAAUCUUGAAGGAACUUGUAUUAACCCUAUACCCAAUCUUGAAGGCUGUUACCCUGUAUGCCCAGAAGAUAAGCCCAUAUAUGAUGAGCACACAGAGACUUGCGUGGAGGAAUGUGCCAAUACUACAACGACAACGACAACCACACCUCCUACUACAACGCCAGAGCCAACCACAACCACAGAGUCUACAACCACAACAACCACACCUCCUACUACAACGCCAGAGCCAACCACAACCACAGAGUCUACAACCACAACAACCACACCUCCUACUACAACGCCAGAGCCAACCACAACAACCACACCUCCUACUACAACGCCAGAGCCAACCACAACCACAGAGUCUACAACCACAACAACCACACCUCCUACUACAACGCCAGAGCCAACCACAACCACAACAACCACACCUCCUACUACAACGCCAGAGCCAACCACAACCACAACAACCACACCUCCUACUACAACGCCAGAGCCAACCACAACCACAGAGUCUACAACCACAACAACCACACCUCCUACUACAACGCCAGAGCCAACCACAACCACAGAGUCUACAACCACAACAACCACACCUCCUACUACAACGCCAGAGCCAACCACAACCACAACAACCACACCUCCUACUACAACGCCAGAGCCAACCACAACCACAACAACCACACCUCCUACUACAACGCCAAAGCCAACCACAACCACAGAGUCUACAACCACAACAACCACACCUCCUACUACAACGCCAGAGCCAACCACAACCACAGAGUCUACAACCACAACAACCAAACCUCCUACUACAAUGCCAGAGUCUACAACAACAACAAAACAACCUACAACAACUGCAGGGCCAACCACAACCACAGAAUCUACAACAAUAACCACAACAACCAAACCACCAACAACUACUACAGGGCCAACCACAACCACAAAGCCUACAACCACAACAACCACAACUCCUACUACAACGCCAGAGCCAACCACAACCACAGAGUCUACAACCACAACAACCACACCUCCUACUACAACACCAGAGCCAACCACAACCACAACAACCAAACCUCCUACUACAACGCCAGAGCCAACCACAACCACAGAGUCUACAACAACAAAACCACCUACAACAACUGCUGGGCCAACCACAACCACAGAGUCUACAACAACAACAAAACAACCUACAACAACUGCAGGGCCAACCACAACCACAGAGUCUACAACAAUAACCACAACAACCAAACCACCAACAACUACUACAUGGCCAACCACAACCACAAAGCCUACAACCACAACAACCAAACCUACUACUACAACUGUGGGGCCAACCACAACCACAUCUGGCACAACCCCAUGUAUUGAACCGUGUGAGUGUACAAAAGAGACAACAGAAUCUACAACAGAACCUCCUACUACAACUACAACCACAAAGUUUACAACCCCCGCAACCAAACCAACUACAACAACUGCAGGGCCAACCACCACCACAGAGUCUACAACCACAACAACCACACAUCCUACUGCAACUCCAGAGCCAACCAUAACCACAGAGUCUACAACCACAACAACCACACCUCCUACAACAACACCAGAGCCAACCAUAACCACAGAGUCUACAACCACAACAACCACACCUCCUACAACAACACCAGAGCCAACCACAACCACAGAGUCUACAACCACAACAACCACACUUCCUACUACAACGCCACAGCCAACCACAACCACAGAGUCUACAACCUCAACAACCAAACCUCCUACUACAACGCCAGAGACAACCACAACCACAGAGUCUACAACCUCAACAACCAAACCUCCUACUACAACGCCAGAGCCAACCACAACCACAGAGUCUACAACAACAACAAAACCACCUACAACAACUGCUGGGCCAACCACAACCACAGAGUCUACAACAACAACAAAACAACCUACAACAACUGCAGGGCCAACCACAACCACAGAGCCUACAACAACAACCACAACAACCAAACCACCAACAACAACAACAGGGCCAACAACCACAGAGUCUACAACAACAACUGCGGGCACAACUACUUCUGAAUCAUUAGUAACAGGUCCUACAGUAACAGAACCAACACCUGGCCCCCAAACAACCACAACAACCACACCUCCUACUACAACACCAGAGCCAACCACAACCACAGAGUCUACAACCACAACAACCACACCUCCUACUACAACACCAGAGCCAACCACAACCACAGAGUCUACAACCACAACAACCACACCUCCUACUACAACGCCAGAGCCAACCACAACCACAGAGUCUACAACCACAACAACCACACCUCCAACCACAACCACAACAACCACACCUCCUACUACAACACCAGAGCCAACCACAACCACAGAGUCUACAACCACAACAACCAAACCUCCUACUACAACACCAGAGCCAACCACAACCACAGAGUCUACAACCACAACAACCAAACCUCCUACUACAACGCCAGAGCCAACCACAACCACAGAGUCUACAACCACAACAACUAAACCUCCUACUACAACGCCAGAGCCAACCACAACCACAGAGUCUACAACCACAACAACCACACCUCCUACUGCAACGCCAGAGCCAACCACAACCACAACAACCACACCUCCUACUACAACACCAGAGCCAACCACAACCACAGAGUCUACAACCACAACAACCACAACCACACCUCCUACUACAACGCCAGAGCCAACCACAACCACAGAGUCUACAACCACAACAACCACACCUCCUACUACAACGCCAGAGCCAACCACAACCACAACAACCACACCUCCUACUACAACGCCAGAGCCAACCACAACCACAGAGUCUACAACCACAACAACCACACCUCCUACUACAACGCCAGAGCCAACCACAACCACAAAGUCUACAACCACAACAACCACACCUCCUACUACAACGCCAGAGCCAACCACGCCAGAGCCAACCACAACCACAGAGUCUACAACCACAACAACCACACCUCCUACUACAACGCCAGAGCCAACCACAACCACAGAGUCUACAACCACAACAACCACAUCUCCUACUACAACGCCAGAGCCAACCACAACCACAGAGUCUACAACCACAACAACCACACCUCCUACUACAACGCCAGAGCCAACCACAACCACAACAACCACACCUCCUACUACAACGCCAGAGCCAAUCACAACCACAGAGUCUACAACCACAACAACCACACCUCCUACUACAACACCAGAGCCAACCACAACCACAGAGUCUACAACCACAACAACCACACCUCCUACUACAACGCCAGAGCCAACCACAACCACAACAACCACACCUCCUACUACAACGCCAGAGACAACCACAACCACAGAGUCUACAACCACAACAACCACACCUCCUACUACAACGCCAGAGCCAACCACAACCACAGAGUCUACAACCACAACAACCAAACCUCCUACUACAACGCCAGAGCCAACCACAACCACAGAGUCUACAACCACAACAACCACAUCUCCUACUACAACGCCAGAGCCAACCACAACCACAGAGUCUACAACCACAACAACCACACCUCCUACUACAACGCCAGAGCCAACCACAACCACAACAACCACACCUCCUACUACAACGCCAGAGCCAACCACAACCACAGAGUCUACAACCACAACAACCAAACCUCCUACUACAACACCAGAGCCAACCGUAACCACAGAGUCUACAUCCACAACAACCACACCUCCUACUACAACGCCAAAGCCAACCACAACCACAGAGUCUACAACCACAACAACCACACCUCCUACUACAACGCCAGAGCCAACCACAACAACCACACCUCCUACUACAACGCCAGAGCCAAUCACAACCACAGAGUCUACAACCACAACAACCACACCUCCUACUACAACGCCAGAGCCAACCACAACCACAACGACCACACCUCCUUCUACAACCACAACAACCAAACCUCCUACUACAACGCCAGAGCCAACCAUAACCACAAAGUCUACAACCACAACAACCAAACUUCCUACUACAUCGCCAGAGCCAACCACGACCACAGAGUCUACAACCACAACAACCAAACCUCCUACUACAACGCCAGAGCCAACCACUACCACAGGAGCCAACCACAACCACGCCUGUGCCUCCACCUCCACCCACAACUACACCUCCACCUACACCUACAUCUCCACCUACAACAAUACCUCCUACCUGUCCUACUUGGAAUUGAAUAAUGUUAUCAAUGUGCAAAAUGAGACAUUCUUUCUCUGCAACUGCACCAUGGCCAAAUGCCUUGAGAACAAUACAAUUGUAAUUGUUGACUACAUAUGUCCAACCCCCGUGCCCAUCACUUGUGCCAACGAACUGGAACCAGUUCUUGUGUAUGACGAGUACUACUGCUGUCAUCAUUAUGUUUGUCCCUGUGUAUGUGAAGGCUGGGGAGAUCCUCAUUACAUCACAUUUGAUGGAUUGUUCUACAGUUACCAAGGAAACUGCACUUACGUUUUGAUGGAAGAGAUUUCACCAAAGACUGGGCUGAAGAUUUAUAUUGACAACGUCUAUUGUGAUCCAACUGAAGAUGUUUCUUGUCCGCGAUCUUUGAUUAUAUCAUAUCAUUCGCAAGCGUUCAAACUUAUAAAUCAUAAUCUAAUGGGAGCAGCACAGUUGGAGGCUCUGAAAAAUGGAGUACCUCUGAAGCUACCUUAUUCACAAUACGGCGUUAAGAUCUUAAGUUCUGGCCUUAAAAUGGUUCUGGAGAUCCCCCAUUUAAAUGUGGUCGUAACAUUUGAUAUAAAUGGCUUUACCAUUACCCUUCCAUUUCAAUACUUUGGCAAUAACACUCAGGGCCAUUGUGGAACGUGUGACAACAACCAGGCCAAUGACUGCAGGUUGCCUGGGGGCCAGCUGAUUGAAAGUUGUGCAGUGAUGGCUGACUUUUGGCUUGCAAAAGACUUUAACCAACCCAGCUGUGAGUUACCAUCUGUGGUGCCCACCAAAGUACCUCCACCUCCACCAGAGUUAAUUCCAUGCAAGGAGGAUAGCUUGUGCGACCUUCUGAGAAGCAGCAUCUUUGCGGAGUGCCAUCCAGUUGUUUCCCCUGAGAAUUUCUACCGAGGUUGUGUUUUUGACAGCUGCCAUGUUUCAAACCCAGUAGUGGAGUGCACAAGUUUGCAGACUUAUGCUGCUGCCUGUGCCCAGGCUGGGGUUUGCCUAAACUGGAGGAACCACACUACACUGUGUGCAAGUAACUGCCCGUCAAACAAAGUUUACAAACCAUGUGGUCCUGUAGAACAGCCCUCCUGCGUAGACAAUCCUGAUGAAGUAAUGAUGAACUAUACUACCGAGGGCUGCUUUUGUCCAGAUGGAAUGAAACUCUUCAACAAAGAGUCUGGCGUGUGUGUUGAUAAGUGUGGGUGUCUUGAUCCCGAGGGCAUUCCUCGUGAGUUCGAUGAGCACUUUGAGUACAAAUGCCAAAGCUGCUUCUGCGAGGAGUCCACUAAGACUGUGACCUGUAAGCCCAAGGUUUGCCCAGAGCCACCUGCAGAAAGCUGCACUGGUCCAGGGUUCAUCCUUGUCAACCAAACGAAUCCGUCAGACAGCUGUUGUUAUUCCUUUGUUUGCCAAUGUCAAAGCAGCACUUGCCCAGUUACCAGCAUGAAGUGUCCAGUUGGAUUUAUGCCAGUCGUCAGUGUCCCUGAGGGGAAAUGCUGUUUAGAACAUACAUGUGAGCCUAAAAGAGUUUGUGUCCACAGAGGGGUUGAGUACCAGCCUGGUUCUCCAGUUCCUGUUCAGAUUUGUCAAGACUGUACCUGUAGUAAUCAGGUGCAUAACGAUACUGGACUAUUCCAAAUAAUAUGCGAGUUUAAGCAAUGUCAAGAAACCUGUGACAAGGGAUAUGAAUAUAUGGAAACUGAUACAGAAGUAUGCUGUGGAAAGUGUGUACAGACACACUGUGAACUCAAUCUGAACGGUACCAAGCAUCUGUUGACGCCGGGAGAAACCUGGUCACCACCUGAGAACAUGUGUGAGCAUCACACCUGUAUUAAGAGCGGUGAGACUUUAGUAACGACCAGCUCACAUAUCGUGUGUCCAUCUUUCAAGGAGAGCAACUGCCAACCUGAUACAAUUCAGACUGCAGCCAAUGGUUGUUGUAAAAUAUGUGAAGAGAAGGAGAAAGGCUGCAAGUUAGUACCCAUGAAAAUUGUGAUUACGCAAAACAGCUGUCAAUCUUCUGAGAGGAUAGACAUGCCGUACUGUGAAGGAUCCUGCAAUACUUUCACCAAGUACUCUGAGGCAGCAGCUGCUCUGCAGCAUUCCUGCUCCUGCUGUAAGGAGACAAAGGCCAGCAGACGCACUGUGGACUUGAACUGCCUGAAUGGAGACGUGGUUCCCUACAUAUACACAUAUGUGGAGGAGUGUGGCUGUGGCCACAGAGACUGCACUACACCUCCUGGAAAAUCUGCUCGCAGGAGGCGAAGCUUCACACUAGUCUAGCAAAAUAAUC